ACUUCCCCUGAGAGGGGCGGGCGGAGGCUGGCCUUUGGCAGUGGGGCCGGGAUAUGCGACGGUGGCAGCUCCCUCUUCUCAGCAGGAUUCUGAUCUUGGCUAGCACCGGUGCUUCACGGCCUUCUCCUCUGCAGCAGCGGCUCCGCCUGCCCGGGCUUCAGAAGGAGACCCCCAACAAAAUGAGCAAUCCAGCUAUUAAGAGAAUAGCAAAUGAGAUUAUCAAAUCACCUGAGGAUAAGAGAGAAUAUCGUGGAUUAGAAUUGGCAAAUGGCAUCAAAGCAAUGCUCAUCAGCGACCCCACAACAGAUAAGUCAUCAGCUGCACUUGACGUACAUAUAGGAUCAUUAUCAGACCCUCCCAACAUUGCUGGGCUGAGCCAUUUCUGUGAGCAUAUGCUGUUCUUGGGAACCAAGAAGUACCCAAAAGAGAAUGAGUACAGUCAGUUUCUUAGUGAGCAUGCAGGAAGUUCAAAUGCUUUCACUAGUGGAGAACACACCAAUUAUUACUUUGAUGUGUCACAUGAACAUCUAGAAGGUGCAUUGGACAGGUUUGCCCAGUUUUUCCUGUGCCCUCUGUUUGAUGAGAGCUGCAAGGAAAGGGAAGUGAAUGCUGUUGAUUCUGAACAUGAAAAGAAUUUAAUGAAUGAUGCCUGGCGAUUGUUUCAGUUGGAGAAAGCUACUGGAAAUCCCAAACAUCCCUUCAGUAAAUUUGGAACAGGAAACAAAUUAACUUUGGAAACUAGACCAACUAUAGAAGGAAUAGAUGUAAGACAAGAGCUGUUGAAGUUCCAUUCCACUUAUUAUUCAUCAAAUUUAAUGGUUGUUUGUGUCCUAGGACGAGAAUCAUUGGAUGAGCUGACCAGUUUGGUAGUAAAGCUAUUUUCAGAAGUAGAGAACAAAGAUGUCCCAUUACCAGAAUUUCCUGAACAUCCUUUCCAAGAAGAACAUCUUCGGCAACUUUACAAAGUGGUACCUAUUAAGGAUAUUAGAAAUCUUUAUGUCACGUUUCCAAUACCAGACCUUCAGAAAUACUAUAAAUCAAACCCUGGUCACUACCUUGGUCAUCUAAUUGGACAUGAAGGUCCAGGAAGUCUUUUAUCAGAACUCAAAGCUAAAGGCUGGGUAAAUACUCUGGUUGGAGGACAGAAAGAAGGUGCUAGAGGUUUCAUGUUCUUCAUCAUUAAUGUGGACCUGACAGAGGAAGGGCUUUUACAUGUUGAAGAUAUAAUUUUGCACAUGUUCCAGUAUAUUCAAAAACUACGUACAGAAGGACCUCAAGAAUGGGUUUUUCAAGAGUGCAAGGAUCUAAAUGCUGUGGCUUUCAGAUUUAAAGAUAAAGAACGACCACGAGGUUAUACGUCGAAGCUUGCAGGGAUUUUGCAUUAUUAUCCCAUAGAAGAAGUGCUUGCUGCUGAAUAUUUACUUGAAGAAUUUAGGCCUGAUUUAAUAGAGAUGGUGCUGGAUAAAUUGAGGCCACAAAAUGUUAGGGUUGCAAUAGUUUCUAAAUCUUUCGAAGGAAAAACGGAUCGAACAGAAGAGUGGUAUGGAACACAGUACAAGCAAGAAGCAAUUUCUGAUGAAGUCAUCAAGAAAUGGGAAAAUGCUGACCUAAAUGGGAAAUUCAAGCUUCCAAUGAAGAAUGAGUUUAUUCCUACUAACUUUGAAAUUUUGCCACUAGAAAAGGAUGCACCACAGUACCCUGCUCUUAUCAAGGACACUGCCAUGAGCAAACUAUGGUUCAAGCAGGAUGACAAAUUCUUUUUGCCAAAAGCUUGUCUCAACUUUGAGUUUUUCAGCCCAUUUGCUUACGUGGAUCCCUUGCAUUGUAACAUGGCCUAUUUGUACCUUGAACUACUCAAAGACUCCCUCAACGAGUAUGCAUAUGCAGCAGAACUAGCUGGCUUGAACUAUGACCUCCAAAAUACCAUCUAUGGGAUGUAUCUUUCUGUAAAAGGAUAUAAUGACAGGCAGCAUAUCUUGUUAAAGAAGAUCAUUGAGAAAAUGGCCACGUUUGAGAUUGAUGAGAAAAGAUUUGAAAUUAUCAAGGAAGCGUACAUGAGAUCACUUAACAACUUUCGAGCUGAACAACCUCACCAGCAUGCUAUGUAUUACCUCCGACUGUUGAUGACUGAAGUUGCUUGGACCAAAGAUGAAUUAAAAGAAGCUCUAGAUGAUGUCACUCUUCCUCGCCUCAAGGCCUUUAUAUCUCAGCUGUUGUCACGGUUACACAUUGAGGCUCUUCUCCAUGGCAAUAUAACAAAACAGGCAGCAUUAGGAAUUAUACAAAUGGUUGAGGACAUUCUCGUUGAGCAUUCUCAUACAAAGCCACUCCUUCCCAGUCAGCUAGUAAGAUACAGAGAAGUUCAGCUCCCUGACAGAGGCUGGUUUGUCUAUCAACAGAGGAAUGAAGUUCAUAACAAUUGUGGCAUAGAAAUAUAUUACCAAACAGAUAUGCAGAGUACCUCUGAGAAUAUGUUUUUGGAGCUCUUCUGUCAAAUUAUAUCAGAGCCUUGCUUCAACACUCUGCGUACCAAGGAACAGUUAGGUUACAUUGUGUUCAGUGGUCCACGACGGGCUAAUGGCAUACAAGGACUGCGAUUUAUUAUUCAGUCAGAAAAACCACCACACUACUUAGAAAGCAGGGUUGAAGCUUUCCUAAAAACUAUGGAGAAGUGCAUUGAAGAUAUGUCAGAAGAAGCUUUCCAGAAACAUAUCCAAGCAUUAGCAAUUCGUCGCCUAGACAAACCAAAGAAGUUGUCUGCAGAGUGUGCUAAAUACUGGGGAGAAAUAAUUUCUCAGCAGUAUAACUUUGACAGAGAUAAUAUUGAAGUGGCGUAUCUAAAGACCCUGACCAAGGAUGAUAUCAUACAGUUCUAUAAGGAGAUGUUGGCAGUAGAUGCUCCCAGGAGACACAAGGUAUCCGUACACGUCCUUGCAAGGGAAAUGGAUUCCUGUCCCGUGGUUGGAGAAUUCCCAAGCCAAAAUGACGUAAAUCUGGCACCAGCACCCCUCUUGCCACAGCCUGAUGUGAUUCAAAACAAACCACAUAAAAAUGUCAUGACUUCAAAACUGUGA